CUCCUCUUCCCUCUCCAAAGUCUUUCAUCACCCCCUCAAGGCCCCUCCAUGAACCACCUCUAUCUCUCCUCAGACUGACCAAAGGUCUCCACAGCUACCCCUUGCAUUAGUCCCAAAGGUCUCCUUAUAUUAGGCAGGCCUCGCAAGGUUUUUGACUAAGAAGCUAGACUUCAUUGAUCAACAGUUCCACCAGUUCUCCAAGAUGGCUAAGUUUUCAUGGAAAUCCUUUCUAAUGUGUUGCUAUGGGAGUAUUGAUGAAAGGCCACACCAACAGCCUAAGAAGGGCAACUUCACUUCACCGGUCUCGCCGGAAGAUCUAUCAUUUACCCUUGCAGGAUCAGAUCUCCAUGUGUUCACUUUCUUGGAGCUGAAAGCUGUGACGAGCAACUUCUCAAUGAGCAAUUUCAUUGGAUCAGGUGGAUUUGGACCUGUCUACAAGGGAUUCAUCGGCGACAAUUUGCGACCAGGUCUGAAGGCUCAAACGGUAGCAGUGAAGUCCCUGGACUUGGAAGGGUUGCAGGGCCACAGGGAAUGGCUGACUGAGGUUAUCUUUCUUGGGCAAUUGCGGCAUCCUCAUCUUGUGAGGUUGAUCGGUUAUUGCUGCGAAGAUGAGCGCAGACUGCUGGUCUAUGAAUAUAUGGAAGGAGGGAGCUUGGAGAACCAUCUUUUUAAGAGGCUUCUCACUUCUUUGCCAUGGUCGACGAGACUAAAGAUCGCCGUAGGGGCUGCCAAGGGCCUUGCAUUCCUUCAUGGAGCUGAGAAGCCGGUGAUCUACCGCGACUUCAAAGCUUCAAAUAUAUUAUUGGACUUGGAUUACACAGCAAAGCUUUCAGAUUUUGGGCUAGCAAAAGAUGGUCCUGAAGGAGAAAACACUCAUGUCACGACACGUGUCAUGGGCACACUAGGCUAUGCCGCACCCGAGUACAUCAUGACCGGCCAUCUCACAGCAAAGAGUGAUGUCUAUAGUUUCGGAGUGGUACUAUUGGAGCUAUUGACAGGGAGAAGGUCCAUAGACAAAUCCAGGCCGACCAGGGAACAGAACCUUGUCGAAUGGUCUCGGCCUUAUUUGAAAAAUGCCGAUAAGCUAGGCCGCAUCAUGGACCCCAAACUCGAAGGCCAAUACUCAACCAAAGGUGCUCAAAGAGCAGCAGCAGUGGCUUACCAGUGCUUAAGCCAGAGUCCAAAAUCAAGGCCUCAUAUGAGAGACAUUGUUGAAACCUUGGAGCCACUUCUAAACUUAAAUGACGUACCAAUUGGCCUCUUCGUGUACACGGUGACAGUGGAGAAGAGCAAGGAAGAAGAUGAAGGGAAGAUGGAAAUGAAGGUUGAAGCAAAGGUGAAACAAGAUCACCACAAUCAUGAUCGCAGACACAAAUUAAAGUUUCCAAAUUCUGCGAUCCACUCUGAAACUACGCUUCACAGGGAGGGGAGAAAUUUGUAUAGGCACCACCAAGGACGAGGGGCUCAGUCUACAGAGAAAUGAAUCUCCAUUGUGCAUAUGCUAUGUGUCAGUUCAUACAACCACCUUAUCAUUUCUUCAGACAAUCUGAAUUUUAGAAGAUAGUCUCAAUAUAGACUAGUUCAACCUA